AUGCAGCAGAGGAAAUCAACGGCGGCUAGACCCAGUGGUACCGAUGGAUCUGAUUUCUCAUACCGGAUGGUCGUUGACUCUCGUUACACCAAGGUCACUAAAGAGAAAUCUCGUCUCCGUCCUUUGAUCUUUCUUCAGGCUGUGAUUUAUCUAAUUGGACUGUCGUGUGCAUUUCUCACAACAACUAAAAAUGAUGAGAGGAACACCCUUGCAAUUGCAUCUGCUGCUACUGGCUUAUUGUCUUCACUCAUAGGAGAAUUAGGUUGCAGACGCAGUCGAGUAAAUCUUUUGAGGCUCUACACGGCUGCAUCUACCGUUGUCAUGGUUCUUUCCGUGUUUUGUGCUGUUAGGAGCAGAUUAACGAUUGAGGAACGGAAUAGCUCGGGAACCACAGCAAAGCUUGAGCUAGUAGGUUUCAUUUGUGCUCAAUUAGGAGCGGUGGUGCAGAUAUUGGUGAUCAUCGUCACGGGGUCCCUUGUCAAUAACAUGUCUCCACCUACGAAGACAGCGUAG